AUGCCAUCCCCAUUCUCUUUCCAGCCUCCUACAGGGGGUAACGUCGUUCUGAAGUCAUGUGAAGGCACUGUCUUUAAUGCCCACUCUGUUGUCCUCGGUCUCGCAUCUACAGUCUUUGCUGGAAUGUUUUCCGGGGCCUCCAGUCCUAACACAAUUGAACUUGCUGAAGAUGCGGAGACUAUUUCGUUGAUGCUGGCUUUCAUCUAUCCUGUCGCACCACCGAAAAUUGCCACAGCAGCCCAAUUAGAGAAGGUCAUGAUAUUCUCUCAAAAAUACGGUAUCGCUAAAAUGAUCGAUAUAGUCGAAAAAUCCAUCCCACCAGAGAGCAAACUUAUUCAUUCUGACCCCAUCCAAGUGUUUCGUGCCUCGGUCAAAUACGGGUUUCCUACCCUGAGAGUAUUCGCCGGACGGGCCCUCGGUGCUUCCCAGAGGCGUCGUCUGCGAUUGGAAUUAUCAGAGCACAGACGAUUCGACAGCGUAUAUUGCCUAGGGUCGUAUCCUCGCUCAGGCUCCCUCGAGCCGAGCAAGCUCAUCAGUCAAACGGUGACGACUAUAUCCCACGUAUGGCGUGUCGUAGCUGCUGGGAUAAAACACGCCAACCUGAUGGCCGAUAUACCUCAAGCUGGUUUCGAAGCUGGAUUAGAAUGGUUGAAUCCAGACUUAUUGCCGAACCAAUGCAUAAAUGCGAAGAUGCUUUCAGCAUUUUAUGGUUUCUGA